GCGCGGGAGAAAAUGGCGGCGUCGGCGGGUUCGGGCUCAGGAACGGGGCGGGCAGCGGCGCGGCCUCGGCCCGGAGCCGCCCGGUUUCGGGGCUGUUUGGCCGGGGCGUUGUUGGGUGAUUGCCUGGGCGCCGUUUUUGAAGGCAGGAGCGUCGUGAAGCUGCCCGACCUGCUACGUUUCCUCCGAGGCCUGGAACCGCCGCCGGAGGCGGGGGAACCGGCCGGCAGCGCCCGCAGAGAAACGCUUUCGUACACAGAUGACACAGCCAUGAGCAGGUCAGUGGUGCAGUCCCUGCUAGCCAAGCGAGAGUUUGAUGAAGUUGAUAUGGCCAAGAGGUUUGCUGAGGAGUACAAGAAGGAACCCAACAGGGGCUAUGGAAUGGCUGUUGUCAAUGUCUUCAAGAAGCUCCUGAGCCCCAAGUGCAAUGAUGUGUUUGAACCAGCGAGAGCCCAGUUUAACGGGAAAGGCUCCUACGGCAACGGCGGUGCCAUGAGGGUGGCAGGCAUCUCACUCGUGUAUUCUGACAUCCAGGAUGUUAAGAAGUUUGCCAAGCUGAGUGCUGAGUUAACCCAUGCCAACUCCCUGGGCUACAACGGGGCCAUCCUGCAGGCCCUGGCCGUGCAUCUCGCCCUGCAGGGAGGGCUCAGCAAGGAGACCUUCCUGGAGCAGCUCAUUAGCCACAUGGAAGAUGUAGAGGCGGAUGAUAAGUCUCUCACUGAUGCCCGAGCGCUGGGAUUUGAGGAUUUACCAUUUUCAAGGCGUCUGAAGAAAAUAAAGGACUUUCUGGAGCUCAGCAGUGUUCCCAAAGCAGAUGUGUUGUUUGAAUUAGGCAAUGGCAUUGCUGCUUUGCGGUCUGUCCCUACUGCAAUUUACUCCUUCUUGCGCUGUAUGGAAGCUGACCCAGAUAUUCCUGAUCACUACAACAACCUGCAGAGGACCAUCAUCUACUGUAUCUCUCUGGGUGGAGACACAGACACCAUCGCUACCAUGGCAGGAGCCAUUGCAGGGGCUUAUUAUGGGGAGGAACAGAUCCCCCCAAGUUGGGAGCAGAGCUGUGAGGCUUUUCAAGAGACACAGAAGCUGGCAAAUAGCUUGUAUGAACUCUACUGCCAGCGGCUCUGAGCUCCAAGAGGAGUGUGUUUUCUGAAGGCGAAGCGGGUGGUCACCUCCGCUUUUCUGGUCAGAAAUGGGGUGGUGGGUCCGUGCCAUCUGCAGACCCCAGCGAGCCUCCACCCGAGACACGCCUGCUGCUGGGAGCUGCGAGCUGGGAGCACGAGCUGGUUUGGAAGAGGGGACGAACCCUUCGGUUACGGUUCAGCUGGGAGGUGGCUGCAUGUGGCGCCUUGGACAGCGGGGGCAUCUCCCCUGAAGUGUACAGGAGCAUCUGGUUUUUCGUAAGAUUUCUGCUUCUUGCUUUGUCCACCGUUAUGCCAUUUUGUCAUUACAGGGUUGUCUGAAUCCACUGACUUCCUUGCUCUUUUCCUCUACUCCUGUGUGCCGUGGCCUUCGUUUCGGUUGCUAGUGGCCUGUCCUGCAGUGGCUUUGGUAGGCUCCAUGCCUCUCUUAAAACACCAGCUCACACUCAGCUGCCCAGCCGCGGGCUGUAGAUGGGAGUCACCAGAGGCUCAUCCCCGCAGGGCCUGGAGGGUGACCUGUGUGCUGGCAGGGUUACCACCCGCGUUGUGGGGUGGGGGUGCUGGAGGGUGGAGGUUCACUUCCUUAAAGGCAGAAUGAAAAGUGCCAGAGAUUGGAGAAGCGGUUUCUUUGCCUUGCAAGUGGCACUGAGAAAUGCCCUCGGUACCUGCAGACACAAUCCCAGUUGGCUCAUGGUUACUGCUGGAGGAGGACACCACCAGUUACGGCUCCUCUGGUGUCCUUUGCCCUGCCACUCACCUGGCACCGUUCUGACCUGUUGCAUUUUGCGUUCCCUUAUGUAGCUGGCUUUCACUGUGCUGCAGCUACUCCAGCUACUCCUUUGUUCCUAAUCUGUGCAUCCUGCAUGUACGUCCAGAGCACCAAGUGAUUUUGCUGUUUAGAUCUGUGGGUGGAGAUAGCUGUGAAACCUGGUGUUACACAGGGAUUGAGUGCCUGGUUCUGCUGCAGUCAGUGACAAAAAUGACUUCAGCAGGAAGCAGGAGUUACUUCUCACAGCCUUAAAACUCUGUACUUGGUAAGAAUGAUCUGAAAAUAAAGGGAAAGGUAGGUUAAUUGGGGGGAGAAUUUAUCAGAGUUUAAAAGAACUUGUGCAUUUGAAGCUGGUACUGGUGGCCAAGAAUAUUUUAGCAAAGCUGUGUUGUUCCAGAGUUUCAAGUUUAAAACCUUUGCCCAUCGGAGCUGGUCAAAAGGGAGUAACAGCUCGGGUAUGGCAUGUCUAAAAAGGGUUGAAAGCUUUUUAAUAAUUGAAAACAAAAAGAGGCCAGCAGUCAUCAUAUGGAAAUGUUUAUAAACUUGAAUGCGACAAUGUAAUUCUCUAUGACUUCUCUGGUAUUUCUUGUGACACGGGAAGUGACCGUUCUGCUCAAACGGAGCUCGCUCCCUGUUGGUAUUGGCACGUGGUGGUUGUGUGUGUCAGGCUGCCCUGCACAUGUGGGAAAUCUGGCUGCCAUGCGUCGUUCCAGUUUUCCCUGUAGUCUGCUUCCUUCAAGUGCCAGUCUUCUGUGUGAUGCUUUAAUGGGUUUUCCUUGUAUAAAAGAAUUCUUGUCCUGAGAACAUGUGGAAGUUUGGUCUCUUGUGUAUUUAUGUAUUGUGCUGCAGAUCUCAGAUGUACAAUGUCAGGUUUUUCACGUUACUCUGCCAGAGGUGUGGAUGUAUUCACGGAAUUAUUUAAAAGAAGAUAUUUUCCUUUUAAAGCAGCUUUAUAAUUUAAAUGUUUGGAACUCACAAAGAGCAGAAGAGCUCCUGUUUAAAAAAUAUAGCUCACUUUAGGCCAGAAUUUAAAUGUGUACUGAAACGUUUGGCUCUGACUUUCUUGGAGAGAAAUAAAAUCACUUAGUUAUCUUUGUUAAUUA